AUGCAAAAUAAUUACGAUAACCUUGGAGACAAAUUACCAACUAUUGAUUGGAGUAAAUAAGAACUAAAACCUUUCGAGAAAAAUUUCUAUCAGGAGCAUGAAGAUGUAAAUGCCAGAUCAUAAAUUGAAACCUAAAAGGUAUUAGAUGAUGCUAGAAUUACAGUCAAGGGUACUAAUGUGCCUAGACCAGUAAAUAGCUUCAAAGAGGCAAAUUUCCCUAAAUAUAUUAUGGAAACUCUUGUCACACUAGAAAACUUUGAAAAGCCUACCCCCAUUCAGAGCUAAGGAUGGCCCGUAGCUUUGUCAGGAAGAGAUAUGAUUGGUAUCGCAGAGACAGGAUCCGGAAAAACUCUUUCCUUUUUGUUGCCCGCGAUCGUGCAUGUUUACGCCUAGGAAGUACCAAAGAGAGGCGAUGGUCCUAUAGCUCUUGUUUUAGCGCCAACAAGAGAAUUGGCCAUGCAAAUUGACACACAGUGCAGAAAGUUCACCCAACCUUGUAAAAUUCAGUCACUUGCUAUCUACGGAGGAGUCCCUAAAGACACCCAGAGAAUGGCACUUAAGGGCGGCAUUGAAAUAUUGAUUGCCACUCCCGGUAGACUCCUUGAUUUCAUGGAAACAGGCACAGUGAGACUGAAUAAAGUGACUUACCUAGUGUUAGAUGAGGCAGAUAGAAUGCUUGACAUGGGUUUUGAAAAGCAUAUUUAAAAAAUAUUGAGUUAUGUGAGGCCUGACCGUUAAACUCUCAUGUGGAGUGCUACAUGGCCUAAGGAAGUGCAAGAUCUUGCUAGAUCAUAUUGCAACGUUCAACCAGUCCAGAUUUAAAUCGGAAACCCAGGUAUCACUGCUAAUAACAGAAUUGACUAGAUCAUUGAUAUCGUAGAUGAAUUUAAGGCUUAUCUUAAAAAAGUCAAUGACGGUUCAAAGAUUUUGGUGUUCUGUGAGACUAAGAAAGGAGUUGACGAGCUGACCAAGCAAAUGAGAUAUGACGGCCUUCAUGGUGUUAAGGGAAUCCAUGGAGACAAGACCUAAUAUGAAAGAGAUUACGUGAUCAAGGAGUUCAAGACCGGAAGAACUUAUAUUCUAGUUGCUACAGAUGUCGCAUCUAGAGGACUAGACGUAAAAGACAUCAAAUACGUUAUAAAUUAUGAUAUGCCAAAGCAAAUCGAAGACUAUGUUCACAGAAUCGGUAGAACUGCAAGAGCUGGUACAACCGGUAUUGCAUAUGGAUUGUUCACAAGGAAUAACGUCAUGAUUUCAAAAGAGUUGAUAAAGCUACUAAAAGAGGCUCAACAAGAGAUUCCAGAUAGUCUAUAUGAAAUGGCAGAUAUGGCCAGAAAAAAUAAAGAUCAGAAGGGUCAAUAUAGACAAUGGAGGAAAACAGAUAGAGCUGGAAAAUUCACUGGCAAUUCAAAUUAUCAAAGCGAAGGUGGCUAUAAGAAUAAUUUCAGUAGUGGAGGAGGAUUCAAGUAAAACAACUAUAACAAUAAUUAUCAGAGCUAUCAAGGAGGCAACUCUGGAUAUACUUAACCAGCUUAAACUUAAUAAGCUGCUUUCACUAAUUCGACAUGGAACAGAAAUGACGGUAAGCCAAGCACUGCUCCAAAUGGCGAUUUCCAACACUCCUAUAAUGAUUAAAGUAAGCUAAAUAAGGCUUAUGCAGGAGGAGCUCCAAAGGUAUUUGAUGCCUCUGCCUUAGUAAAUACUAUGAUGUCCAGUACCAGCACUAACGCUGCCAGCUAUAAUUCUAACUCCGGCUAUUACGGCGGAAAUCAAAACUACUAGAGCAAUGGAUAUAACAACCAUGGCAGUGGCGGCUUUAAUAAAGGCUACAGUGGUGGAUAUAAUAAUGGUGGAGCCGGUGGCUAGAGCAACAACUACGGUAGCUCGGGCUACAAGGAUAGUUAGCCAUUCUAUAAAUCAAAUCACGGAUCGAAUGACGGCUUCAAGAAACCUUCUCUUUUGGACUCUAAUUAAUAAUGA